AUGCUCUUCCAAACCAUCCUCACCAGCACCCUCUCCCUCUUCCUCAUCGGCUUCACCACCGCCGCCCCCGCCGCCGCCCCGGCUGCCCCAGCUGCCAUCAUCGCCUCCCGCGAUGCCUCCGCCUCCGCGGACAUAACCCCCUCCACCCCCCUCCUCAUCAACACCCGCGCCUUCUCCUCCCGCAUAACCUGGUACAACACCGGCCUCGGCGCCUGCGGCACUUACUCCAACGACGGGCAGCUGGUCGUGGCCCUCAACGCGCCACAGUUCGACCCGUCCAUGCCCAACCGCAACCCCAACCGCAACUCGCUGUGCGGCCGCAACAUCAGGGUAAACGCCAAUGGCCGCAGCGUCACGGUCAAGCUGGUUGAUCGGUGCGCUGGGUGUCCGUACGGUGGACUUGAUCUUAGCCCCGCGGCUUUUGGCGCGCUGGCGAGUACUAGUGUUGGGGUGUUGCAGGGGAGUUGGGAUUGGGCUUGA